AUGGAUAAAAUAGUAAAACUUGCAUCAGAAAAUGGGAUUUUAAUCUUCAGCAAGAGCUCGUGCUGCCUUUGCUACACGGUCCAGAUAUUGUUUCAAGAACUCGGUGCGCAUGCUCGUAUUUACGAACUCGACCACGAAUUGGACGGCACAGAAAUCGAGAAGGCCCUCGCGAGAAUGGGCUGCAAAGGCCCGGUGCCAGCUGUCUUCAUAGCCGGGAAGCUCGUGGGGUCCACCAAUGAGGUCAUGUCCUUACACCUCAGUGGCUCACUCUUAUCCAUGCUAAGGCCCUUUCAGCAGCCAAACAUAUAG